AAAUAGCGGCAAGUACCGGGAUCGAGCUGCCCAGCACUGUGGGGCGGGGGUGCAGCCGGUGAGAGAGGAUGAACUCGAGCCGGACGCCGACGGACGCGGGCCCGACGAGCAAGACGAAAGCGGGCAGCCGGCCGAGCGUGGAGCCCCCCCGGGAGGAGCCGGACAACGUCACCUGGAGAACCUACAUGGAGAGGAGAAGCAGCCUGAGGGAGUUCCUCAACUCCAGCCUGAGCCCCCACCUCCUGAAACGCCACCGCGCCCGCCUGGAGCUGUUGAAGAAAUGCUCCUACUACAUCGAGAUCCUGCCCAAGCACUUGGCGCCGGGCGACCAGAGCCCCCUGACGCUGCCCAACGCCAUGUUCCAGCUCAUCGACCCGCGGAAGUUCCAGCGCAUGAAGAAGGUGGGCACGGCCCAGACCCAGAUCCAGCUGCUGCUCCUGGGCGAGCUGCUGGAGCAGCUGGAGCUGGGCCGGGCCAAGCUGGCGCGGCUCCUGGAGUCCCCCGACACCCUGCCCUUCCUGGCGCGCUGGGAGGCCGUGGAGCGGCGGGUGGCCGACCUGACCGCCGCCAUGGACAGCUUCCUGGCCACCGUGGUGCCCGGCCGGCUGCACGUCAAGCAUCGCCUGGUGGCGGACGUCGGGGCCGCCAAGAUCCCCCACGUCCGCCUCAUGCUCAGCGCCAAGAUGCCCGUCCUGUUCGACCGCCAGGCCUCGGUGGCCCACGACAGCUGGGCCAGCCUCCGGUGGUUCGUCGGCGUCCAGCCGGCCGGGCCGGAGCGGUUCGAGCUGCGCUUCGGGCUGCUGGAGCCGCGGAGCCAGCAGGAGCGCUCCCAGGGCGGGGCCGUCCCCGUGGCCGCCUGCUCCUUCGAGGUGCGGGACCUGCUGCCCGACCGGGCCUACAGGUUCACCGUGACGAGGGCCGAGAGCUACACCCUGGUGUACGAGCCCUGGAGGGACAGCCUCACCCUGAGGACCCGGGCGGGCCUGGACGGGGGGUCCCGGGCCCCGGACGGGGGGCCCCGGGCCCCCGACGGCCGCCCCGGCCCGCCGGAGGCCUGA